CAACUUUUAAGAUUGUUCAUUUGAAUAUUUUAACUCUACAAUUUUAAUUUUUUUAAGAACUCAAACAUUAUAUCAUUAAACAAUAAUCAAGAUAAAGCAAAAUUCGCAAAAAUUGUACAUUUGAAUAUAUACUUAGAGCUUAAAAUGAUGUUGAUAUGAAAUGUAGACAGAUAUUGAACUUAAAAUACGCGGUGUGAAUAUGUCUAAAAAGGCUUUAGUUCCUUCAACAUAUGAUUUGGAUCUUUUUAUUUACAAACAAUCGGUUAAAAUGAUUUUUAAACACAUUUUUAACAAUAGGAUUUUAUUAAGAAUAUCAAUAAGCAGCAAUUAUCCAAUAAUUAGAAACAGUUCCUCACAUUUUAAAGUUUUGUUUUUUGGAACUGACAACUUUUCGUUGCCUACUUUAAAGCUUUUAUCUAGGAAUAAUAACAGUGAAUUGAUAUCAUGUUUGGAAGUUGUGACAUCACUUAAAUCUUUAAGAAAUCCAGUAAAACAAUAUGCUAAUGAAAAUCAGCUUAUAGUGCACAGUUGGGAAGAUGUAAAAAAGGAUCAUAGAAUAUGUCAUUCGUUUGAUUUUGGAUUAGUUGUUAGUUUUGGGCAUUUAAUUCCUGAAUUUAUAAUAAAUAGUUUCAAAAACGGAAUGCUGAAUGUUCAUGCGAGUUUACUUCCAAAAUAUAGAGGUGCAAGUCCUAUCAUUUAUGCAUUGAAAGAUCAUCAAAAUAUGAGCGGUGUAACAGUUAUGAAAAUUGAGCCUAAGAAAUUUGACGUUGGAGAUAUUUUAGCAAAAAAGGAAGUACUUAUUAAUAGUGACACGUUUAUGCCACAAUUGCAUGAUGAACUGGCAAAUGUUGGAGCUGAAUUACUGAUUGACUGUAUUAAGAAUCAUCAUAGCAUAAAGCCUCUUAAACAAGACAAUAACAAUGCUACAUAUGCACCGAAAAUCACUCAUGAAUUCUGUAAAGUACGAUGGAACGAAAUGACUGCCAUGCAGAUUUUUGACUUGUAUAGAGCUCUAUAUUCAUUUAAGCACUUAACAACAGAAUUUAGAAAGCAUCAAGUGAAGUUUUUAGAAAUAGCCAGAGCAUCAAAUAGUGCUCAAAAUGAUGAUAGAAAAGCUGGCCACAUAAAAUUCUGUUGGAAGUCAAAAACGCUUUUUGUAAGAUGCAUUGAUGGACUAGAUGUAGAAAUAAUUAAAUUGUCAAUAGGAAAAAUUUCAGUCAUUAGUUUUGUCAUAAGUCUACUAGUUCAAUUAUUCGGGAUAUCAGAAUUUGGCGAAAAAAUAGCACUAUUAAUAAACGAGUCAAUUUUUUCAUCAAUUUACAGUUUGUUUAUACUAUAUUUCAUCGUUCUAUGUCUAAUAUUAACAAUAUGCUUCAAGUCAUCAGAUUUUCAGAUUGCAAUCAGAGCUGCAAUAUUGGGAUACACAUUUGGAAUCGCAUUAUUCAUAAUUUUUACAAUGAAUGAAAAUUACAAAUCAUUUGGGAUAUAUUUAGCGUUUCUGACAUUCUUUCAUUUUUCUGAAUAUUUGGUCAUCAGUAUUUCACAUCCACAAUCCCUUAAUAUCGAUUCCUUUAUGCUCAAUCAUUCACUUCAAUAUGAAAUUGCAGCCGUAAGUAGCUGGAUUGAGUUCUUUGUCGAAGUUUACUAUUUCCCAGAAAUAAAGAAAUACAAAAUGAUUUGGCUCUUAGGAGCAACAAUCUGCUUCUUCGGUGAAGUUUUAAGGAAAACAGCAAUGUUAACGGCAAAAAAAAGUUUUCAUCAUUUAGUACAAUUUCAACAGUCAGAAGACCAUAAACUAGUCACAAAUGGAGUUUACAAUUUUUUUAGACAUCCUUCCUAUGUCGGUUGGUUUUACUGGAGUAUUGGAACUCAAAUUAUUUUAGCCAAUCCAAUAUGCUUUAUUUUGUAUUUAAUAGCCAGUUGGCUGUUUUUCAAGGAAAGGAUUUAUAUGGAAGAGAUAACUUUAUUGAACUUUUUUGGACAAGAAUAUCGUGAUUAUCAACUAAGGACCCCAACUGGAUUGCCAUUUAUCAAAGGAUAUACCAUUGAUACUUGAAGCAUAAACAGUUUUUUUGUCAUCUGUGAUAAGAAAGAUAUUACCACAAAAGGAUGCUGAUUUGCACAAAUUUGUGUACUUAAUUUAUGUACAAUGUUUUAUACCUAAAUUCAUGAUCACGACAAAGCAUUUCUCUAUUAAUGGGCCAAAUAUUCAUUCUGUUGAACAUAAAAUGAUUCGAAACGAAA